CAUGAGAAGUCAUACCAUAACCGCGUAGUCAGCGUAGUAUAUACUGCAUGUACAUACCUUCCAAGAUCAAUGUCCGUGGAACUUCUUUGUGGCUUGCAUGUUGUGGAGUUGUGGCGUGCUUUUUUAGUUGCCGCUUCCCCUUGUUUACAGGUUACCCUUGCUAAGUUGCUACCCUAGCAGCCUAGAGGUAGCAGUGUAACCUAUCGCACAAGGGUUUCAAACCCAUAAUUAGGUACCUCUCUUUCGAGAUUCCCUCUUGCUCCAACUACAUCCCCAUUCUUGGAUCUUGCGAAUACAUCGACGCACCCACAACGGAAAUUUGCCUUCUUCCAUGCAACUAUUACCCAACAAUCUCGUGUUCUCAACAGAUUACCGAGUCUAGCGGCGAUCUCAUUUGUGCGGCCCGAGAAAAGCUUACCGAGUCGGUCUGGGGUUUGAGGCUUAAACGGCUCCAAAGAUUGGCAUCUGGAGCCUCACUCUCUCGCGUUCUAGCUGUAUCACGCCACCUCCUGCACCGUGUGUACGUGGAAGAAGGCCUGCACGACCUUAUCCAAUCCCAGAGAUCGUCAGCGUUGAUACGCUUUUCAGGAUCAUAAUCACCUCGUCUAAGCAGUACUACGAUCUAAGCGAGCAAUGGCGGAUGUUCCGUUGCAAGUCAUCUCCGAGAAUUCGACCUCUGAACGGCGAAUCACUCCCUCGUGGUCGAUCACUCAACUGAAAAGGAAACUUGAACCCAUCACAGGAAUUCCUCCUUCAUCUCAGCGCAUUAGCUUGAAAACUGCCUCGAAGAAGUCUAUUCCAAUCGAAGCUGCAGAUGAAGAUGUUGUGCUUUUGUCGAAUUUCCCUCUCUCUGCUUAUGCAGAGCUUCAUAUCAUUGACACUCGGCCAGCUGGUGCCAAGAUGAACUUCAAUGACACGUCGGGCAUCGAGAAAUACAUCAUGCCCCCAGAGGAAUACGAGAAGAAAUCUGACUCGGUCUUGGCAUGGAAAAAGGCGGAAAAACUAGGCCGCUUCAACCCGGAUGCUCCCAGUCUAGAGAAGGCUAAGAUUGACGCUUUUGAGUUUGAAGUCAAGAGUAGGGGCAUAGAGGUAGGCAAAAGGUGCAGAGUUGGCGGCGACGACACUCGUAGAGGAGAAGUUAAGUACGUCGGCGAAGUAAAAGAAAUUCCCGGCUCCAUAGGUGCUUGGGUUGGAGUUCAACUCGACGAACCGGUAGGGAAGAACGACGGUAGCAUUGGAGGUACUAGAUACUGGGGCACUGAAUCUACGCUUAAACAUGGCGUCUUUGUGAGACCAGAAAGAGUGGAAGUGGGCGAAUGGCCUGUGCUCAAUGAUUUGGAAGAUAUGGAAGAAAUAUAAUUAAGUAUUUUAUUGUUUAUCUAUAGGUACAUAAUCCGUGAUAGGGGGUUUUUU